UCCAUUUUCAAUGAACUAGUACACAGUUUUUAGUGCUAUCUUAAUCCCGCCUACAGGUGCGGGAUCUUUUCGCCAUGUUGAUGACAUAUUGGUGGCCUUCGAAUUGUAGGAUUUGAUUAAACCCGCAUAAAUGUGAAAAAUAUUAAAAUAUAAGUUUUAGUUAGAUGCAACAUAUUUCACAUGUAUACAUGGUUUGUAAAGUUCAAUAAUGAUUAACUUCGAUAUAAUUCGAGGAAGUAUUGCAAUAAUACUAUUUGUACUUGUUUUGAAGUCUGGACUCAAUUUUUUUCAUCAAAAGAUAUUCGAAUUGAUGAGUAAUACUUUUUUGAAAGUUGUGAACAACUUAUUUUCUUUUCUUAUAAUUAAAACAUACGAAUCAAAUCCUUACCGCAAUAUAAGGGAAUAUAGGACUGCCAUCUCUUCAUUGGUCCAGCUAGAAACACAUCAAAAAAGAAAUGGAAUGAAAUCUUCAUCAAAAAGUAAUACAAGAUUUCAAGCAAAUUCACCUCCAUGCAAAAGACAGAGAAAGGAAUCAUUAACGACCAAGCUUUUAAGAAAUACAACUGGUGAUGUUUGUGAGUUUAUCAGUAUAUUUGGUUCAAAUGCCCAUGAAAUGCUGAUGAAAAAAUAUAAAGCAUUUGGUCCAGUUUACACAUUUUCAGCUUUUGGAAAGAAAAUGGUAUUUUUAUUUGAGGCGGAUGAUGUUGAGAAAUUGAAAGCUGCUGAAGGUAGAUACCCACAACAUGUUGACUUCAAACAUUUAAGGCGACACAGAGAGGACCAAGGAUACCCAAAGGGACUCUUAAUAAGUAAUGACAAUGAAUGGUUAUGUCAAAGGAAGAUUUUAAGUAACCCAAUGAUGCUGAAGAUUGGUCAUCAAAUUAAGCAUUUAGAAGAACUUACAUUAAAAACAUUGGCAAAUGCAGUUGAAGAUUAUACCAUAAAUGGAUUUGGAACAUUUGAAGUCGAACCAAUCACAAGAGAUUUCGCAAUAAAUGCAUUCGGAAGUGUUUUGUAUGGAAAUUCUUUUGAAUCAACAUUUACACAGAAUGGGAAGACAAUGCAGGAAUUUGCAGAAAAGGCAAAAAAUAACUUUGACGAUGCUAAGAAGUUAUUAAUUACACCAGAAUGUAUAAUGAAGAUGCACCCAGCGUGGAAACGUCACAACAAUAGAUGGAAUUUUCUGCUGAAAACCACUAUGGAUAUGAUCGAAAGGCAUUCAAACGACACAUCUGAUUGUAGUAUUCUGUCACAUUUGUUGCAGAACAGAAAACUUAACGAUAAAGAAAUCUACAUUAAUUUGACAGAUUUACUGGUUGCCAGCAUAGACACAACAAAUACAACCUUACAAUGGUGUCUCUAUGAACUUGCAUGUCAUCCCGAUGUACAGGAUAACAUUAUUUCUGAAGCUGAAAGAAUAUUGGAAGGAAGAUCAAGUUUGGAGAAGACAGACUUGGAUAAAUUAGAAUUCCUCAGUGCUGUUCUUUGGGAAACGUUAAGAUUGCAUCCAGUUGGAUUCUUUACAAGUCGCAUAAUAAAAGACUGCAUGGAAGUGAAAGGUAUUAUGAUACCACCUCAGACCAAUGUUGCUAUUUCAAUGUACGUGAUGGCAAGAAAUUUGGUUCUUUUCCCAAACCCAGACAAAUUUGUACCAGAGAGAUGGAUGACUGAUAAUGCCAAAAUAAAAAAGCUUAAUCGUGAUGUUUUCUUUGGUUUUGGACCAAGAAUGUGCUUAGGUAAAAAAAUGGCUGAAAUGGAAAUGAAGCUCUUUAUCCUCAAAUUUUGCCAACAGUUUGAGUUUUCUACGGAUGAUACUGAAAUGGAACAAGUAGUGAAGUUACUACUGUCACCAAGCAGGCCAGUCAAAAUCAACACGGUAUUGCGACAACUUACGGACUGAUUUAACAUUGAUAUUGUUGUUACAUUAUAUUCUACUGCUUUAGAUGAACAAUUUCGUCAAUUUCUUUUGUGUUUAAUCUUAUGAUACAUUUUUAAUGUUAUUGUGUGUUUUCAUGUACAAAAACUCAAGGUAAAUAAAUGUGUAAGCCAGACGUGCAUUCCGUCUACAAAAGACCAGUGACGCUAGAAUAAAAAAUGUCUACGACAGUCCUAAAAUCUUGAUAGCUAUGAUUGUUUUAGGACAUCUUUCAAAUUGGUUUACAGAGUGAUUAUGGUCCCUAUGUCUGUGAUACGAUGUAUCUUAGGUUGUGUCCAUGCAGAGCAAAGUCAUUUAUUACAAUGAUUUGGAUAAUUGAAACAAUACUUUUGAUUAUCAUAUAGAGAUAGGAAUAUAACCAUCUCAAAUCUAAGAUCUGCAACUACAGUCAGACAAGAGUUUUACAAAUGUUGGUGAAAAAGCAUAACAUAUACCAAAAAAUUGCGAAAGCAAAUUUACAGAUCUAACAUUGUUGGGUUGAGCCUCGCUUUUCAUCAUGUUUCUAAAGCUGGUACAAAUAAAUUUUAUAUUUUCCGACAAUGUACAUAUAUUGUUUUUAUCCUGCAAUUUACACCCUGUACUUGAGGUCAGCUGUUCAAAUCGAAAUCAUUGCUUUUGAUUUUUCAAAGAAAUCGACAUAGUUGAAACGCGGACCGCGAAAAGGACCAAAAAAUGAACUGUGACCCAGAAAGAA